CACUCCCGCCUCCAGAGUCCAAGGGUCUAUGUGGUGGGCAGUUUGAGCUGGCUGGAUACUAGACGGCGGCUGCACCUGAAACAGUUGGUGGGUGAGCAGCAUGGGCUUUGAGGAGCUGCUGGAACAGGUGGGCGGCUUUGGGCCCUUCCAACUGCGGAAUGUGGCACUGUUGGCCCUGCCCCGAGUGCUGCUACCACUGCACUUCCUCCUGCCCAUCUUCCUGGCUGCUGUGCCUGCCCACCGAUGUGCCCUGCCAGGUGCCCCUGCCAACUUCAGCCAUCAGGAUGCAUGGCUGGAGGCCUACCUUCCCCGGGAGCCUGAUGGCACGCUUAGCUCCUGCCUCCGCUUUGCCUACCCCCAGGCUCUCCUCAACACCACGGUGGGUGAAAGGCAGAGCCGUGGAGAGCUGGAGGAUGAACCUGCCACGGUGCCCUGCUCUCAGGGCUGGGAGUACGACCGCUCAGAGUUCUCCUCCACCAUUGCAACUGAGUGGGAUCUGGUGUGUGAGCAGAAAGGCCUGAACAAAGCUGUGUCCACUUUCUUCUUCACCGGUGUGCUGGUGGGGGCUGUAGCCUUUGGAUAUCUGUCCGACAGGUUUGGGCGGCGGCGUCUGUUGCUGGUGGCCUACGUGAGUACCCUGGUGCUGAGCCUGGCAUCUGCAGCCUCCGUCAGCUAUGUAAUGUUCGCCAUCACCCGCACCCUCACUGGCUCAGCCCUGGCUGGCUUUACCAUCAUCGUGAUGCCACUGGAGUUGGAGUGGCUGGAUGUGGAACACCGCACCGUGGCUGGAGUCCUGAGCAGCACCUUCUGGACAGGAGGCGUGAUGCUGCUGGCACUGGUUGGGUACUUGAUACGGGACUGGCGAUGGCUUCUGCUAGCUGUCACCCUGCCUUGUGCCCCAGGCAUCCUCAGCCUCUGGUGGGUGCCUGAGUCUGCACGCUGGCUUCUGACCCAGGGCCGUGUGGAAGAGGCCCACAGGUACCUGCUCCACUGUGCCAGGCUCAAUGGGCGGCCAGUGGGUGAGGACAGCCUCAGCCAGGAGGCUGUGAGCAAAGUGGCCGCUGGGGAACGGGUGGUCCGAAGACCUUCAUACCUAGACCUGUUCCGAACACGACAGCUCCGACACAUCUCACUGUGCUGCAUGGUGGUGUGGUUCGGAGUGAACUUCUCCUAUUAUGGCCUGAGUCUGGAUGUGUCAGGGCUGGGGCUGAACACAUACCAGACGCAGCUGUUGUUCGGGGUAGUGGAACUGCCCUCCAAGCUGCUGGUCUACCUGUCGGUGCGCCACGCAGGACGCCGCCUCACGCAAGCCGGGACACUGCUGGGCACCGCCCUGGCAUUGGGCACUAGACUACUAAUGUCCUCCGACAUGAAGUCCUGGAGCACUGCCCUGGCAGUGAUGGGAAAAGGUUUUUCUGAAGCUGCCUUCACUACUGCCUACCUGUUCACUUCGGAGUUGUACCCUACUGUGCUCAGACAGACAGGGAUGGGGUUGACUGCACUGGUGGGCCGGCUGGGGGGCUCUUUGGCCCCAUUGGCGGCCUUGCUGGAUGGAGUGUGGCUGUCGCUGCCCAACCUUGCUUAUGGGGGGAUUGCCCUGCUGGCUGCCUGCACCGCCCUCCUGCUGCCAGAGACAAGGCAGGCACAGCUGCCAGAGACCAUCCAAGACGUGGAGAGAAAGAGAACCCCAACCAGUCUUCAGGAGGAAGAGAUGCCUAUGAAGCAGGUCCAGAACUAAGUGGGAGCAGAGGCAGGCCCUCCACAGAAGCUCUGCAGCAGGAGCUGGGAGAGCAGAAGGGCAGGCCCUGCAACUCAGGCUGGGAGUAUCAAACCCUCUGCCAAGGGCUGGAGUUGCCACCGGUACCUACUCCCUGUGCUUAUCCAACCUUGAUUAUUUGGCUUCCAGGAACAGUCGACUUCCCAGAAUGCAGUAGGCUGCUGGGCACCCCUCUCAUGGCUGGGGAGGAUUCUGUAAAUAAAGGUGCCCCUUGGGUUGGGGCAGUGGUGAGGAGCUGUCGGAAGAGCCCUGGAUAGGAAGCCACUGAGUCCGCCCUGGCCUCUGAUGACAGCUUCACCAUUAA